AUGUCUUUCGAGUGCCGAAUGAUUCAACAAGGUUCAACGAGAGCCAAAUUUGGGAGAGACUUCCAGACCUCACGACAUCUUUUCUUGCCGUCUCGUUACAAUCGUCGUAAAGAAGCGCAGUGGUAUCCGCUCCACAAUCGUUAUAGCACUGCAUGGACCACGAAGGAAUGCAAGAAUAAAAUGAGUAACCUGCACGGUCCCCCAUUACCCAUGCAGGCCGAACAUCCCCUCGAAUCCUCCUUUCACGAAUCAUCCGAGCGACGCAACUUAUUCCCCGUUUGUAGAGACGCGUCCAUGGGCCAGUCAUUCAUUGCUGUUGUGAACCGGCACCGGCAGGAACUUGAGCAGCUCACUGGUGAGCGACGAAAAGGACUGCUACAUAAUGCGGCGCAUCGAGUGGCAUUCCCGGGAACCAGGUUCGCAGCGCUACAGGAAACAGGCUAA